CAUGGAUCAACAAAUUAAAAAAGUAUUUCAUACGGCUUUGGUCUUAGUUCCUCCAAAGCAAUGUAUAGAUUAAAUAUAACUUCUCAGGAAACAAUACGAUAAAGCGUACGAAAGAUGGAUGCCUCAUGUCAAUUUGUGUUUUCCUUUUGCAGAUCCUGCCUAAUUUGAAUAAGUUUUCUAAGCACUUCAGAAUCAUUUGAGUAAGAAAUUAUACCAUUUCAAACUAGAGGAUUUUCCUGCUUUCUAAGUUCGGUUAAGAGAAUUUAAUCAUUUUCAACAUGGCAAAAAUUGUGUUAUGUGGUUAAACCCAGAAUCUGAAAAUGAUGGAAUCUAAAAGUUAUACCAAGAAAUCUUAAAGGUCUAUCCCUAAUUGGAUGAUCUUAAUAAAAAAUCAGAACAUGGCUUUUAACCUCAUAUAACAAUUGGAUAGUUUGGAACAAAUCAGAUUGAAUAGAGAAAAAAAGCAUUCCAACCUUAAUUUUAGGAAGUCCAAUUUCAAUGUUAAGAGAUACACAUGAUUAGCAGGAAUGGAUAAGAUGAUCCAUUUUAAAUAAUGCAUACCAUCAAGUAAGUUUAUGAUCUGAUCGUUUAGAUUCAAGACUGAGAAUCCAUAAGCCUAUGAAUAUCCAGGUUAAAAAUGAAUAUAAAUAAUUAUU